GGCGGUUAUUAUUUGAUUCCCCUAUCAUUAUUCUACUAGCGUGGGUAGUCAAAAAAGGUUCCAUGAUGCUAUACGGCUUUGGCUAACACCGUAUUAAUUUACACGGAAACAUAACGAGCCGCCGCUGAAAGCCUUCCAUGAGUAUACUGCUAAAUACGUACAGUUCACGUAGGUGUAAUCUCGUACAAUGCCAAACGCCUCCAAUACGUACAUGGCGCGGGGGUCUAUGUCCUCCGCAUCACAGGUUGAGCCUCGGGAAGAACUAGACCAGACAGACCUUGGCACAAGUUCAAAAGACGACGAUGGUAAAGGGCCGAUAUCGCCAAAAGAUACACUCGAUCUGAACGAAACAAGUUUAGCCGUAGAUGACGAAGCGGUUGCGGAAGAAACAGAGCAUGUGCCAGUAAAACGCGACUAUCUACAAUUGGGGUUAACCCUUGCAUUGGGCCAAUUGCUGUCUCUCUGUAUAUUGUGCACUGGUAUCACUUCGUCCUAUCUAGCGGAUUAUGGCGUCGAUCUGCCGCAAUUCCAGGGUGUGUUGACUUAUCUCACACUGGCGGUGGUCUGGACGCCAGUAGCUCUAUUUUAUGGAGAGGGGUGGAGAGGCAUGCGAUUCCGUAUGGGCAAUUGGGGUUGGCUUAAGUACCUUAUUCUGGCUUUUAUCGAUGUGGAAGCCAAUUUUAUGGUCGUAAAAGCAUAUCAGUAUGCAUCUAUCACAAGUGUGCAGCUGUUGGAUAACUUCGUGGUACCGUGUGUGAUGGUGCUGUCGAUCGUCUUUCUCAACGUUACAUACCGAUUGUGGCACUACGUGGGAGCUAUGGUGGCUGUGGCCGGCAUCAUCAGUCUUGUUGUGCACGACUACUUCAAGUACGGAGAUUCUCCGGCCGAAAACCCGGUUUUAGGAGAUUUGCUGGUGAUAGCAUCCGCUAUUCUGUACGCGGUCUCUAAUAUUUCGCAGGAGUUCUUGGUCAAGGGCGACGUGCCUGUUGCUGAAUGGGUGUCGAUGCUUUCCUUGUUUGGCGUGGUGAUUGCCACUAUCCAGUUUUUCAUUAUCGAAGGCGUCGAUAGUGUCCAAGCCGUGACUUGGGAUAAUGAUGUGUAUUGGCAAUUCGCAGGCUUCGUAGCCUCCAUGCUCGUAUUCUAUUCACUGGUGCCGGUGAUGAUUCGCCGCAGUUCAUCGACUGUGCUCAAUUUGUCUCUGCUCACCGCGGACUUCUACUCAGUCUUCGCCGGUAUCUUCUUGUUCGAUGUGAUAUUCACGUGGAUAUAUGCCUUGUGUUUCGUGCUGUCCGUCGCUGGGCUGAUGAUAUAUAAUAUGGUUUCGGAACCAGUUGUUAAAGGCCCUCGAAAGAUCAUGAAACGCGCGCUGGGAUCAAAACAGCAAAAGUCUGAGUCAGCCACCGAAGUGGAAGUGGUUGAUAGAUGAUGUGGUCUACAGAGCUUAAUAUAAUUAAACUUUUAUUUAUUCGA